CGUUCUUUUUGUUUUUGAGGUGGAGCCUGAUACCCCGAUUCUUCAGUGGACUGUCGGCUAGACAGACCUGCACGGGUUGCAUGAUUGAGGCCAAUAGUCAGUCGCAUAGAUCAGGACAUUAUACCAAAUACGAAAGCCGAUUGAUUGCCUAUAGCGGAAAUAAUAUAGUAAGAACGCAUUCGAUUAUUAAAUCCUUGGAAAUCGGGCACCUUGAGGACGUGGAAUGAUGAAUUACAUCAUUUUGGCGACCGUUUUUUCCAUGGUUUUCGCCGAAAAGUCCCCUCGGCUGAAAUUCAUUGUAAAAGAGCCGGCCAGGUACCACUUCUCGAAACCGGAGAACUACAUGUCAGUGUACCACCAGGAGGGCACCAACGUGCUGUACGUGGGGGGCCAGACAGUGAUCUACGUGCUGACGUUCACUGACAGGGGGGUCCGCGACCUGCAGAUCCGUGUGGUAACUGAUGAAAACGCAAAGGCAGCUUGCAUUGCCAAAUCAGACCCACCAAAGUUGGAGUGCGACAAUUUCAUCACAGUCAUUCAGAAAGUCAAUGACACUUUUGUGGUGUGCGGGACAAAUGCAGGAACCCCCAAAUGCUGGCUGCUGGUAAAUGACACUGUGCUGACUGACGCCCCCACCAAUGGACAGAUGGCACCAGCCUCUGACAUCUCCCCUCCCUACCCCUCCCAGAGGUCCGUCAGUCUGUCUGCAGAUGGGAAUCUAUACUCUGCUCUUUCAGCAGUGGGGCGUCACCCUGGCUCUAUCCGCCGGACCUAUGGCACUCAGAAACUCCUGAAGACUGAGAACAAGUGGCUGCAGAGUCCCCAGUUUGGUGGAGCAGCAGUAAUGCCAACCUCUCAGAAACACAAGGAGGAGAUCUACUUCUUCUUCAGUGAGUUCAACAAGACGGCCAUGGUGGACGAGGAGCCCUACAGGUCGCGCAUCGGACGAAUCUGCAUGGUCGACGAGGGGGGCAUAAAGAACCUGCUGGCGGACUCGUGGACUACCUUCCUGAAGGCCAGGGUGAUGUGUGGUGCGGGUAGCACCCCCCAGCAGUACAACAACAUCAGACAGGCAUUUGUGCUGUCUGACGUGGCCCACGAGAAGAGGACCGGGGUCAUGUACGGCCUGUUUGCCAACGCCUGGGACACGACAGUGAUAUGUGCUUACUCCAUCGAGGACAUUGACCAGGCCUUCGCCACGUCCAAACUGAAGGGCUACAGCAGUCCUCUGAUUGGACAUCGCCCUGGCACAUGUGCCUUCAAGAACUCCACGGCAGCCCACAACCCUAAGACCCUGGGGGUGAUCAGGGACCACCCGGAGAUCGAGGACGUGAUUCGUCCGGUCGGGGGGGCUCCACUGAACCUGCCUACCGACGAUCACUUCACACACACUGUCGCUGCCAUGGUGCUGGCGGUCAACGACGAGCACUAUAGUGUGCUGUACCUGGGAACAGAACAGGGGAAAGUGCUCAAGGUUCUGCACACUAUCGAGGAUGCCUUUAUCAUAUCCCAGUACUCCCUCUUCCACAACGAGGGUCCUGUUCUAAGCAUGGCCAUUGACUCUAAGAAGGGCCACCUUUAUGUGGGCACGGCAAUGGAGGUCCAGCGCAUACCAUUGGCUGACUGCGGUCGCUAUGGAGACAGUUGCCGGGAGUGCAUUCUGUCUCGGGAUCCGUAUUGUGGUUGGGACGCAGCCAGGAGGAGGUGCACACCCAUCCCAGCUGGAUACAACAUCAGUACUGGGGCACUCACUCAGAGUCUGGACCAUUCCAAUGCCUCUAUCUGUGGUGAAGCUGCUGCACUGAAGACCCACAGGACAAACCCCAAACAGGUGUUGAUUGACUCGGACGGCCCCGUCAACCUCCCCUGCCCCGUGCGCUCCUUUCACGCCACCUACCGCUGGGAGAAGGACAACUGUAUCCAGCACUACCCCUGCUUCAUCACUGGAGACUCCUGUGUGCUGGCACCCACCCCUGACCUGCCCCUUAAGCAGGGGGUAUUCCGCUGCAUGGCCACGGAGAACGGCUACAAGGUGGAGGUGGUCUCCUACAGGCUGGUGAUCAACAGUGGGCCUCUGCCUGCCUCCCUGGCCUCCACCCUGGGGCCCUCCCUCCUGCUUGCUGCAGCCACCCUCUGGCUCCUGUAACCAUUGCAAAUGCUAAAGCUAACCCCUUAGCCUCUAAGGCCCUCUCUCUGACAGACAGGAGAGGAGGGGCCACCAUACCCAGGUUAGGUUCGCAGAGCAUUGAUAUUAAUGGUUGGGUAAUGCGAUCAGUGUUGCCCACAGAGACUGUUUUCAUAAAAAGUGUUUUUUUUAUUUAUUUUAUUUACAUUGUUCAGAAAAUGCCUGAAAAUAAAUGAAGCCAUUUAUUUUUUAAUGAUAAAUGGGCCUACAAUACUAACUAAUACUGAACUGUUUAAACAAAAACAAUACCUAUAACAAAUUUUUAAUACCUAACAUUUAAACUUCAUUAAUAUAUUAACAUCAAUAUGGGUUGUAUGGAAAGACAAACUAUAUUAUCAUGUCUUAUUCUGAAUUUUAAAUACAGAUUCAAACCACAAGAUGUGCUUUGCGAACCUUGCCUGUUCCACCCAAGAGAUGACAUCUCAUGAGUUGGGUUAAAUACAAUACCAGGCCAAUUUCUCUUUAUGGUUUCUCAACUUAUUUUGAAACAUGAUUGUGCUACCUUGUGAAUAUUUGAAGCUUGAAUACUGCUCUAACAUCCAGACAUCCUGUUGAAAGUCAUAAGUAUAGUCUAGUAUUUAGAAAAUGUCUGGUAUUGAGUGUUUAAAAAAGCCUUAACAAUUCUGGGACAUAUCCCCUAAGCACAAUUUGUAGUGGAAGCAAAACUGCUCAAUUGGGUUGACUUGGCUCUGUGAAUGAGGUGGCCAAGCCUUACUUUGAUGCUGGGAGGAAGUGUCAUCAUUUUGACAAGAAGUCAUCUUUUUGACAGGAAUUAGAUAGAAGAGUGUGAGCUCAUCCUCGAACAUCACUGUGUCUGGGCAAGUCCUCUGCAGUAAAGGCAGUUUUUGCAUCGUUUUAGUGGAUAGUAUCAGACAUUCAUAUUAAGCUACUUCAUUUUCAAUAAACAUACAGUAAGUAAAGUAAACAUCAUUCAGUGGCAGGUGAGGCCAAAUUAGAAAUGAGUAGAUGACAUGUAGAGUUGCAUUUUGUAGCUUGCUAUACAAGAAAACGUUUGUGAUUAUAUGAGUACCGUGUGUUAAGUAUUUUAUUGCUCCGCAAAUGCUGAUUUCCACCAUUGCUGCCUAUGUAUAUGAAAGUUAUUCUUGAUGGUUCAAGGUUUUAUACUGUACGGAAGUCCAGAGAGGAAAAAUAUUUCCUCGUUAUAUCGAGAUCACAACUUUUUAUCUCAUGAUCACGACAUAGCAAAAGUUGUUUAGUAAAGAUCACGAGACUGUUCUCAUGGUCGCGACAUAGCAAAAGUUGUUUUGUCGAGAUCACGAAAUUAACUCUAUAAAUAGGAGUAGACGCAUUGAUGAUAGAUUGACAGUAUGGCUGAGGCAGUAAAGCCCACGGUGGAUCAACGCAUAUGUUUUUAUUGAUUGCUACACUAAGGGAUGGUACAUUUCAUGCAAACAUCAUCCUUUCAUUUGUGUUUGUCGCUCAUUGUCAGUUUAUAAAUUAGAAUGUUAGCAAGCUAAAUGUCCCUUACCUUGAGCUAAGAGCUCUUGGGGUAUCUAAGCCUUUGUGGGGCAUUUGAGCCCUGAAAGAUGCCUGACAGGCAAACCUGUCUCCCAGGCUGAAUGCCACCCCCAAGACCACAGCCAAUCGCAUGCAAGCAACAAUGCAGCUAACUUGGCUAGUCUUGUGAGUGCGCAAGCUAGCUAGCUAGUUAGCUAGGUAGUCUUGUUAGCUAGCUAGCUUGUAUAUAUGCUGGUUGUUAGCUUGCAUAACUGAUAUGUGUAUAAUUGUAAGGGGCACCUCAUGUUUUAUGGAUACUAUUAAAAUGUACAGAGUGGGUGAGCUCAAUUCCUGACAGGCUGAUAAGAUUACAUUUUAUCCUCAGAGCUUGAUCAGAUUCAAUAGCAGUCUCAGAGGCUGAUAAAUAAGGAUUCCACCUUGUAGGUUGUUUCAUAGGUAACUCUCCUUGCAGGCAGAUUAGCAGUCAGUGCAUUAUGUAUAUGAUCAAUAAAUGGGUGCACUCUAUUGCUUAAAGGCUCCUGACAUCAGCCUCUGAGGCUGCUAUUGAAUCUGAUCAGCCUGUCAGGAAUAGAGCUCACCCCCUGGAUCAGAUAUGCAUCUGCCUAUAAAGCACUUUGACAGCUAAUCUGCCUGCAAGGAGCCUAACCUAUAAAACAACCUACAAGGCAGCAUCCUGACUUAUCAGCCUCUGAGGCUGAAAUUGAAUCUGAUCAGCCUGUCAGAAAUGGAGCUCAAAUACUGUAAAUGGUGUCACUUAUAAUUUAUACACAAAUCAGUUAUGCAAGCUAACCACUAGCAUAGAUAACAAGCUAGCUAGCUUGCUAGCUAGAUAGCUAACAAUACUACCUAGCUAACUAGAUAGCUCACAAGACUAGCCUGGUUAGCUGCGUUGUUCCUUGCAUGCGAUUUACUGUGGUCUUGGGGGCAGUGGACAGCCUGGGAGACUGUAUCUGAACAAAUUAAUGGAUGAUUACAUUUUUUUACAUUUUAGUCAUUUAGCAGACGCUCUUAUCCAGAGCGACUUACAGUUUUUUAGUGAGUGCAUACAUUUUCAUACUGCGUGAUGCGUGGUACUUCUGAUUAUCUUGUGAUCUCGACAAAUCAACUUUUGUUAUGAGAUAAAUGUCUUGGAUCUCGACAUAACGAGGGAACUAUUUUUUAUUUAUUAAUAUGUCCUGUCUGGACUAUACUGUGGUUAUACAAUGACGUUACUCAUUGACUGCUUUAACUAACCUAUUCCCAAGGGGAAAAUCCAGUGCAUAAUACUCAAAGGGGUUAUUUUCAUACUUGUAUCUGUAUGCUGUGACAAAAGGCAUGACAUAAUUUGAUAGGAUCCUUUUGUGAAGUAGAACACUUUGAGCAGCCACCAUACUCUGGGGAGAAAGACUGAAAUUAAUGAUUGACAUUUUUUGAAGAUAUGGAACAACAUUCCUCUUUAAGCAAUAUAUUUUUUUUUAUUUUAGCACCUGACCUCAAAUAAUAAUAGUAUGUGCUUUAUUGGAGGCAGAGAAUGUUUGCUUGGAGGGAGUGGUUUACUCAAAGCAAAUGUUGAAUGUAACAUAGUAAUAUGAAUGUAGUUGCAACAAAAUGGAAGUCUAUUGUCCCCAUUUAUUGAUUGUAGUAUCGCAGUGCUGAAGUACCAUCUUACAACCACUACUGUGUUUUUAACUGUGCCACUGAGCUUUGCAAUUGAAUUAGCCCUUGUGGAAAUUUUUGAAAUGGCAACAAACCACUCUCGCCUGUAAAUAUUGGUAGAAAACAGGCUAUAUAAUGUUGUUCAUCAAAUGGUUUUAGCCAUAGUUCUACAGGUCCCAUCUCUCUCUCUGGGGGUGGCUGUAAGUUUGUCUCGAGGUCUCAGGAGGAUCUGCUUGCUGCAUUGCACUGAUGCGGGCUAUUUACUGUGCCAAACAUAAGCUGUGUUGAGCUGCCUCAUCCGCCGCCUGCCGCUUCUCAAUCACUUAGCACUUUGAGUAAUUGGUUUCCCAAAUCUCUUUCUCAAACUCACACACAUUCUUAUAUAUGUCACAAAUACACACAGGCAUGUAGGUGCACGCUCACACACACCUCUUGUUUACCAAUCACUCACUUCAAUCUCAUUCCCUAUACUCCAGUAUUUACUGUUGCUUAUCUGUUUCAUUGUAUUUUGAGCAUGAAGCUUGUGUGUCUCUGAAAACAGUGAACAGAAGCCACUCAUACACUAGCCAACACUAAUUAGGCAACUGAACCUGUCUCGCUCACUGCAGAGAAAAGCUAUUUUACCAAGACAGAUGGCCUACUGUCAAUGGGUAUUGUUAAAAACGGUCAAUGAAUCGUGCCUGUGCAAAGUUGAUUGUAUUUGGCCUUUCAUGGAUUUCCAAGGGGCAGCACUGAUAUGGGAGCUUGUGUCUCUUUUCUGGAGCACUUUAUUUAAUGACCACCUUCAUAGCCAGGAGUCCCUGCUUUGACGUGGACAUAAACAGUGGAUAUAUCGCAUGCUGGUGAUUAUCAUUAUCCUCUAUUAAAUAGGUAACAGUAUGCUCAUUCUACAUUACUCAGUGUGGCCACUUCAAGGCAGAUCUCCUCCAGAGCAAGAGAAAGAUUUAAACCAGUUUGUUGUGUUUUAUUGGAAAUCAGCUUACCAAACUCGAUUGAAGAGGAGAUUGUACUGGUAUCAUGCUCAUUAAUGCCUCACCAUAACAUGUCUUUUUUUAAAGGACAGAUGUCUGUCUAUAUGAAGUGGUAAUACAUGUCCAUGUAACAAAUCUGUAACUCCAUAUGUUUCCCUUUACUGAACAUGUGCAGUGAAAAUCAAUAAAGUAACCAACUACAGUA